AUGCUGACGGAAGAAAUGAAGGUCUGGCACGGAAUAGUGAUCGCAGCGGUGUCUCUGGUACUGCAGGCCUGCCUCCUCGCAGCCGUCAACUACCUGCUCAGCAGGCACAUGGCUAAGGAGAAUGAGCGGAUACUGAAAAGGGCCAAGCACAAGGUCCCCAGGCCCAGCCCUGCCCACUGCUGCCCGCCUGCUGCCAAGAAGACGAAGGAGCCUAGGGAAGAGAGAAGCACACCCGUGCCUAAGCCCCGUUACCCACAUGACAGUGACACGUCCUCAGACAGCUCCGACAGCUCAGACAGCUCACCUCCCACCCACCAGGCCACCAAGGAUGUGAACUACACACAAGUGGACUUUUCAGCUCCUGGAAGACGAAGAAAUGACUCUGUCCUGGACUAUGAGAACAUAAAGGAAGCCACAGAUUAUGUCAAUGUCAAACCAAAAAGCCACAAGCCCGGUUUCUGGACUUUUGUGAACACUGGUGUCUUUGAGCCAGUGGAAUACAGCCAAGUGGCCAUGUGA